AUGGCGUCCCCAGACGAUGAGCUCGCUCAAAAUGCUUCAAGCGUGGUCAAUACCACCAGCGAUGCCGAGAGAGUCGACGAUGGACCAUCACCUUCACAAGAACAGUCUCCAGAGGAUGAGACAGAAUAUCCCAGUGGCAUGGCCGUCGUACUGAUCAUGGCCUCGGUAUGGCUCGCGUUCUUCCUUGUGGCGUUGGACCGAACAAUCCUUGCCACGGCCAUUCCUCGUAUCACGGAUCAGUUCAGUUCUCUUGACGACGUCGGCUGGUAUGCCAGCGCAUACAUGCUCACUGGCUGCUCUGCCCAGCUACUUUACGGUCGAAUCUACAAGUUUUACUCGACCAAAUGGGUGUUCCUGGCCUCUGUUAGCUUGUCCGAGCUCGGCUCUCUUGUCUGCGGCACUGCUCCUAACUCUAUCGCUCUCAUCAUUGGCCGCGCUAUCGCUGGGAUUGGUGCCGCUGGUAUCUUCUCCGGCGGUAUGAUGGUCAUGAUCCAUACCGUACCUUUGCAUAAGAGACCAGUAUACGCAGGCAUCUUCGGAGCAACCUUUGGAAUUGCCAGCGUUGUUGGCCCCCUACUCGGCGGAGCUUUCACGCAGAAAUUGACAUGGAGAUGGUGCUUCUACAUCAACCUACCUAUCGGCGGUGUGGCCAUAGCUGUCGCCACUAUCAUGAUGAAGUUACCAGGACAGAAAGACAAAUUAUCUCUCAAACAACAAUUUGCUCAGCUCGACCCUCUCGGCACAAUCGUCUUCCUGCCCAGCAUAGUCUGCCUCCUACUAGCACUUCAAUGGGGAGGCACGACCUACGCCUGGAGCUCUGCCCGCAUCAUCGCCCUGCUUGUCGUAUUCUCCGUCACCGUUGUCGCCUUUGCAGCCAUCCAGAUAUGGAAGAAGGACGCAGCAAUGGUACCACCUCACAUCUUGACUCAACGCACGAUCGCCUCGGGAGCGUGGUUCACACUCACCUGCACAGCGUCAAUGACACUGAUGGUAUACUUCCUCCCGAUCUGGUUUCAAGCCGUCAAAGGCUCUUCGGCGCUCCAUUCGGGCAUCCAGCUACUCCCAUUAGUCCUUUCGGUGCUGGUCGCCAGUAUCAUCGCCGGCAAACUGACACAGCGGAUCGGAUACUACGUACCAGCCAUGUUCUUCGCAUCCAUUGUCGCACCCAUUGGUGCUGGAAUGCUCACCACGCUGCGUCCUGAUAGUAACCACUCAACAUGGAUCGGCUACCAAGUGCUAUAUGGUCUUGGACUGGGUGCAAGCGUACAGGCAGCAUUGAUCGCUGCGCAAGCUGCCCUACCCAAGUCCGACGUCGCCAUUGGCACGGCAAUCAUCAAUUUCUCGCAGCAGUUCGGCGGCGCAUUGUUUGUCUCCGUGGGAGAGAAUCUGUUCUUGAACAAUCUUGCUUCCGGACUCAAGAGCCUUCCUGGACUGGAUGUGACGAAGAUCGUGAAUACUGGCGCUACGGAGCUGCGGGAUGCUGUGCCAGCACAGUAUCUACCUCAAGUCUUGUCGGCGUAUAACCAUGCGUUGAUGAAGACGAUGACUGUGGCAGCCGCUAUGAGUGCGCUUUCGAUAUUAGGUACGGCGUGCAUCGAAUGGAGAAACAUCAAAAAGAGUAAGAAGGACCAGAAGGGCGACAAGCAGCCAACAGAGAUGCCCAGCUCAACACCUGUGGAGAAGACUGAGAACGAUGCGAGCAAUGUAUGA